UCGUGGGUUGCCUAUCAACCGCACAUACAUCGUCACCGGCCCGAUCCAUUACAGCCAUGCUAGGGCUUGUUGUGUGUCAGUGUCGUAGAUGAGACACUAACUGAAAAAUGGCCUAAUCCUCAGCAUUUUGUUUUUCCGAACACUAUUAAACCUUUCCGAGGAAAUCCUGAACUGGAAUUUUGAUACUAUUGCGGUUAUUUUGGGAUAUUACAGCAGUAGCUAACCGAGAGCUACUUUGGCUUUGACCACUCCGGCCAGGUGGAGUUUCAGGAUGCAGCAGUACUGAGGAUGCUGAUUGUCUUAGUUUUGCUCAUGAUGGCUGUGAGCAGUGAAGCUGAGGUCUGCACAGGCCAGCACAACUGCUCCAGCUCCAACAGCUCCAAGGACUACUGCUAUACGGGCCGGAUCCGCACCACCGUACUCCAGGGCCUGCCCUUCGGAGGAGUGCCCACCGUACUCGCCCUUGACUUCAUGUGUUUCUUGGUGCUGCUAUGUGUGUUCUCUCUCUUGAGGAAGGUGGCGUGGGAUUAUGGCCGUCUCGCAUUGGUCUCUGAUGCCGACAGUAGGCGGAAUCAGCACUAUCAACGUCUGGACGAGGAAUAUGUGGCCUCCGCCAUGCAGACGCCUGCCGACUCCCGAUACGAGCGUCUCACCUCUGUGUCCAGCUCGGUCGACUUUGACCAAAGGGACAACGGUCUCUGUUCCUGGCUAACUGCCAUCUUCAGGAUAAAAGAUGACGAGAUCAGGGAGAAGUGUGGCGAGGAUGCCGUCCACUACCUCUCAUUCCAACGGCACAUCAUUGGUCUGUUGGUGGUGGUGGGCGUGCUCUCUGUGGGCAUUGUCCUGCCCGUUAACUUCUCAGGAGACCUAUUAGAAAAUAAUGCCUACAGUUUUGGGCGAACUACAAUAGCCAACUUAUAUUCUGAUAAUAACCUGCUAUGGUUGCACACUACAUUUGCCUGCUUAUAUCUGUUACUGACUGUGUACAGCAUGAGGAGACACACAUCAAAGAUGCACUACAAAGAGGAUGACUUGGUGAAACGCACUUUAUUCAUUAAUGGGAUCGCAAAAUAUGCAGAAGAGAGUGAAAUAAAGCAGCAUUUUGAGAAAGCAUAUGAUAACUGCAUAGUUCUGGAUGCUCGCAUUUGUUACGAUGUUGCCAAGCUUAUGUCUCUGGAGUCUGAAAGGAAAAAAGCAGAACGCAGCAAAAAGUUCUACACGGACCUGAUGGCCAAGGAGCACAUUCCCACUAUGAUUAACCCCAAACCCUGCGGCCACCUCUGCUGCUGCAUCAUCAAUGGCUGCGAGCAGGAAGAGGCUGUCUACUACUACACUAACCUUGAGGCCAAACUAAAGGAAGAAUACAGAAAAGAACGUGAGAAAGUCAACACUAAACCUCUGGGAAUGGCUUUUGUUACCUUCCAGAAUGAAGCCAUGACAGCCCUCAUCCUGAAAGAUUUUAAUGCGUGUCAGUGUCAUGGCUGCCACUGUCGACGAGAGCCGAAGUCCUCCCCCUUCAGCAACGGGCUCAACACAUUCAACUGGACAGUCACAUAUGCUCCAAAUCCACAGAAUGUUUACUGGGAGCAUUUGUCCACUGGUGGCCUCAACUGGUGGCUCCGCUGCCUUGUCAUCAACUGCUUUCUCUUCAUCUUGCUCUUCUUCCUCACCACCCCUGCCAUCAUCAUCUCCACCAUGGACAAGUUCAACGUCACCAAACCCGUGGAGUACCUAAAUAACCCCAUCAUCACUCAGUUCUUCCCCACCCUGCUGUUGUGGUGCUUCUCGGCCCUUCUCCCCACCAUCGUCUACUACUCUGCCUUCUUUGAAGCCCACUGGACACGAUCUGGAGAGAACAGAACCACCAUGCACAAAUGCUACACCUUCCUCAUAUUUAUGGUUCUGCUGCUGCCAUCUCUGGGCCUGAGCAGUUUGGAUGUUUUCUUCCGCUGGCUCUUUGACAAGACAUUUCUUGACCAGGCAAAAGUCCGGUUCGAAUGUGUCUUCCUUCCAGAUAACGGAGCUUUCUUUGUGAACUAUGUUAUCGCGUCUGCUUUCAUCGGUAACGCCAUGGACCUGUUGCGCAUUCCUUAUUUUCUCAUGUACAUGAUCCGACUGUGUCUGGCACGUUCAGCAGCCGAGAGGCGCAACGUGAAGAAGCAUCAAGCUUAUGAGUUCCAGUUUGGAGCUGCUUAUGCCUGGAUGAUGAACGUCUUCACUGUGGUCAUGACCUACAGCAUCACCUGUCCAAUUAUUGUACCAUUUGGCCUGAUGUAUAUGCUACUGAAGCACCUGGUGGACAGGUAUAACAUGUAUUAUGCCUACCUGCCCUCCAAACUGGAUAAGAAAAUCCACUCUGGAGCUGUCAACCAAGUGGUGGCAGCACCCAUCCUCUGCCUCUUCUGGCUGCUCUUCUUCUCUACUGUCCGUACAAGUUUUAGCGCUCCAACAUCAAUGUUUACUUUUGUGGUUCUGAUCAUCACCAUCAUCAUUUGCCUCUGCCAUGUCGUCUUCGGUCAUUUCAAAUACCUCAGUGCGCACAAUUAUAAGGUUGACAUGGACGGUGUGGACAAUGGACGACCACCAGGUUCAUCCCCACCUGUCAAGUCUGUGCAGACGUACGUCGCUCAAGUCUUACAGGACGAGAAGAGCACUGGCGAGGACGAGGGCCAGGCGUCCUCGCAGGAUGAGGAAGUGGUGACCGAGGGGGAUUUCCAGUCCGGAGAGGACAGCCUUAUUGAGAACGAGGUGCAUCAGUGACCCAUGCCAGGGCCACACCAUGUACUGAACUUAAGAGAAACUAGCAGGAGAUCCACUACACCUCACUACACUUAACGCGUGUGUGUGAGCGUGUGUGUGUGUGUGCGUGAAUCCAUCACAGCUGACAGCUAAAACACUCCUUUAUUAUUAAGGCUUGGAGACAGGAUGGCCAAUUGUCAAGAAUCUGAAGUGGCUUGUGAUUGUACUCCAUAAGAAACUGGUUCAUCAUAGUUUCAUAAUUAUUGUUUGCAAUGUUUGCCCUGUUCGUACAGCAUUUGGUCAGUACCAAGUUUCUUGCCCUUGCAAGCGCAUGUCUAGUAAAUAAUACCAAAAAUAGUAAUGAUCACUAAUUUGCCAUU